CCCGGAAGCGGAAGCGAGCGGGGGCCGCGGGGUGAGGGCUAGUGGUGACGUUUCCCUGGGUGGUGGCGGCCGGUGUUUCCCCGGCGUCGCCAGCAGGAACGACGGCAGCGGCGGGCGGCCCCGCCGAGGCGGGCUGGGCUGGGCCCCGCUCCCGUCCAGAAAAUCGUGGAAACUCUGAACUGCUUUGGAUACAAAGGGUCACAUCAUCGGAAAGGUGCUUUCAGCUCUGAAAGGAGGAACUCUGAUUCUUCUGAGUUGUACUUGAAGCCGCCAAAAUGGUUCUAGCCGAUCUUGGAAGAAAAAUAACCUCAGCAUUACGCUCACUGAGCAAUGCUACGAUUAUCAAUGAAGAGGUUUUAAAUGCUAUGUUAAAAGAAGUGUGUACAGCAUUACUGGAAGCUGAUGUUAAUAUUAAACUGGUGAAGCAGCUCAGAGAAAAUGUAAAGUCUGCAAUUGAUCUUGAAGAAAUGGCAUCUGGCCUUAACAAAAGAAAAAUGAUUCAGCAUGCUGUCUUUAAGGAACUUGUGAAGCUUGUAGAUCCUGGAGUCAAAGCAUGGACACCUACCAAAGGAAAACAGAACAUUAUAAUGUUUGUUGGUUUGCAAGGUAGUGGUAAAACAACAACCUGUUCAAAGCUGGCAUACUUCUAUCAGAGAAAAGGUUGGAAGACGUGUUUAAUAUGUGCAGACACUUACAGAGCAGGUGCUUUUGACCAGUUAAAGCAGAAUGCCACAAAAGCAAGAAUUCCGUUUUAUGGGAGUUAUACAGAAAUGGAUCCUGUAAUUAUUGCCUCAGAAGGUGUUGAGAAAUUUAAGAAUGAAAACUUUGAAAUUAUCAUCGUUGAUACGAGUGGACGUCACAAACAGGAAGACUCUUUGUUUGAAGAGAUGUUACAAGUUGCUAAUGCCAUACAACCAGACAACAUUGUUUAUGUAAUGGAUGCGUCCAUUGGCCAAGCUUGUGAAGCUCAAGCUAAGGCUUUCAAAGAUAAAGUAGAUGUAGCUUCUGUUAUUGUUACGAAGCUUGAUGGACAUGCAAAAGGAGGUGGAGCUCUUAGCGCAGUUGCUGCCACAAAGAGUCCUAUUAUUUUUAUUGGAACUGGCGAACACAUAGAUGACUUUGAACCCUUUAAAACACAGCCUUUCAUCAGCAAGCUUCUUGGUAUGGGCGAUAUCGAAGGAUUGAUAGAUAAAGUAAAUGAGUUAAAGUUGGAUGAUAAUGAAGCACUCAUAGAAAAGCUCAAACAUGGUCAGUUUACCUUAAGAGAUAUGUAUGAACAAUUCCAAAACAUCAUGAAAAUGGGACCUUUCAGUCAGAUCUUGGGUAUGAUCCCUGGUUUUGGAACUGACUUCAUGAGUAAAGGCAAUGAACAGGAAUCUAUGGCAAGGCUAAAGAAGCUGAUGACUAUCAUGGACAGUAUGAAUGACCAAGAACUUGACAGUACAGAUGGUGCCAAAGUUUUCAGUAAGCAGCCAGGAAGAAUCCAAAGAGUGGCAAGAGGUUCAGGUGUUUCUACCAGAGAUGUUCAGGAGCUUUUAACCCAAUACACUAAGUUUGCACAAAUGGUGAAAAAGAUGGGAGGCAUCAAAGGACUUUUCAAAGGUGGUGAUAUGUCAAAGAAUGUAAACCCAUCCCAGCUGGCCAAACUGAACCAACAGAUGGCAAAGAUGAUGGAUCCAAGAGUUCUUCAUCAUAUGGGUGGCAUGGCAGGAUUGCAAUCAAUGAUGAGACAAUUUCAACAAGGUGCUGCUGGGAAUAUGAAAGGCAUGAUGGGAUUCAAUAAUAUGUAAAGAAGCCUUAAUAAUAAAAUGGACUUGGUUGACUCUUUGUUGCAAUUUUGGUGAAAGAAUUUUCUUUCUUCCUUUUUACAGUGAUGGGAGUAGAGUGGUCUUUUGAAAUCUUAUUCAGGCUUCUCUGUUUCUACAUCUAAUUUCUCAAAACUAUUUUUGCUUAAAUUAGUUCCCCUCCUCUAAUGGAUGGCACAAAGAGUAAUUCAAUUUAAUAAAACCAUAAUGUAAAAAUUUAAUAUUUAGAGACACUUUUUAAUUGUUUACAUCAAAUGGCAGCCAUUAUAUUUGUAAACAACCCUGAUCUUUGGUUAUAGUAACAUAAAACGUCACAAAUAUACUGUAAAAUAAAAUUUAAGUGGUUAUAAACAA